AUUUCCUUCAUCACAAUUGGGGAAUUUGUUUCAGAACCGAUGGGAUCCUCCAGUUUUGUUUCCGUUCAUCUCAUCAAAACUUCAAACCAGCGACCGAUCAACAGACAUAGGUUUUAUUCGUUGCCUCCAACAACCAAAACUUUCAAUUGUAACGUUAAGAGAACGUUGUCCAUCCGCUGUUGUUCGUCAGGUGACACUAGUCAGUCAACCACGACGGAUUCACAAAGCACAACAUCAGGUCGCGAUGCCCAGGCUUCGAAAAAGCUAUAUCGAGUGAUUGAUUAUCCAAUUCAUACGGAAGCUUAUUUGGGUAGCGAGCAUAUACGAGAGUCUUUAUGGAAGUAUACUUAUGAACGAACACAACGAGAAGAAGAAGCCGACCGUAACUUGGAACAGUUAGCUGAACAGUUCAAUAGUUUGAAAAAACAAGUAGAAGAUGCGUUACGGGAACAAGGAGUGGAUCCGAAGGAAGCUUUUCAAGAGGCUGAUGCGAUAUUUACGCCUGCAGAAGAAAUGACGAAGGAUCCUAUUGAAGCUUCUAUUGAAAGGGGAUGUCCACCGGAUGAUAUUGAUUUGGGUGAUUAUCCUUAUAUAGACGUUCCUGACAUUCCAGAAAACUUGGAGUUGGAAAACCUGGGAUGGGUUGGUCUAAAGGAGCUUGGAGCGAGUCCACUUCCCGAGAUGAUUGAAGACAUUCAAGCUCGCCGAAGUGGUGUGGUUGGAGAUACUCGUUCCCGAGUUGAUGAAACCUCUUCGUUGGAAGAAGAAGGAGAAAAUGGUGAAGAUACAGAUUUCGCGAGCACUUCAUUGGUUCCUGAUUUUGCUCAGGAAAACAAAGUGUAUGUGAAGGAAGGUUUAGGUUGGAGAAUAGGUUAUGAACCAUUUUCCAUAGGAGAACAAUGUGCAACGGUUGGUUCCAAAGAUUAUCUUAUUACUAUGAAUAGAGAAGAAUUUUUCCACUUUCGUCGUCUUUUGAUGUCGUUAGAUCACAAAUUAACGGAUAUGACAUACCAUUCUUCCGAAUCGAGUGAAGCAUUUUCCAAUAGCCAUUACGUUUUAGAUGAACAUGAAAAACUCAAAAGCACAAAUGGCAUGGAAGACACUCAUUUUGUAGAACCAUAUCCGAUAAUGGAUUUGGAAUCAGAUGUCUUACGAAUACAAGCAUUUGGUCGUCCCUCUUGGUUUUCGUUGCGAAUAUUUUUGAAAAGAAAGCGUCCUGUUGAAUGUUCAUGGGAUGCGGAAGCAACUCAAGGUCUUUUGAAAGCUGUUCAUGAAGUCGAUCAUGUAGCAAGUCUUUUCUAGCAUAAUGAAUCACGAAUAGGAUAACAUUGUUUUGAUGAAUAUUUGGAUAAAGCUGUUUAGUCUAUUUGCUUAUUUCCAUAGCACGGUUAUGUUAUCUUUUU